UUGUGAGUGGUUUAGUCAUUUGUGAGGAGCUAGGGUUUUAGCACGGUGGCGCGCGAUGCCUCCUACUCCACGCGCGCCAUGAGCGCCAGAUCAAUCGCGGUUCUUCAUGGAAGGGCAUGAAUCGUCCAUGGCGCCGCCGGAGGUAGGGGAUAGGACGCCUUACGCGGGUAGCGGCGGUAGUAGCAGCAAGCUCAAGCUCAAGAAAGGUUCUUCGUCCAGCGCGAGGAUUAGCACGCCGUAUGAGAGGCCAGCGGCAGCCGCAAGGCAUCCCAGGCAGGCGGCAGCGCUCGCGGAGAGCAAGGAAGGAUGGAUUGGAGGCAGAAUUGUAGGCUCGGCAUCUAGGAUUCUAACCAAGAGUGCUACAUUUUUGUACACUUCACUGUUCAAGCGCCAAGCUCCGGCUAUCGCAGCUCCUCCUCGGCCAAAUGCUGAAGUGGAACUGGAUGGAACUGGCGAUGAUAUACCUUCUUUGGAACUAGCGUUCCCUUCGAACGAGCAGGUGGCUAAGGAUGAUCGUGACGAUGCCCGGCUUGAGAAUGGGCCGUGUGAUCCUGUCAGGGUCGAGAAUGGUCCCUGUGAUCCUGUGGAAGCUGAUGACCUUGAGAGCAUUCUUGUUGAAAAGGAGCUCACAAGGGAGCAAUGUGAGCGCUACAUCAAGCUCAUCAGAUCGAGGUUUUACGGGGACGAGCAUGUAAGCAAGCCGUCUACUAGUGUGUCUCGAGCUCAGCGGUGGACGCCGAUUCAGGUUCCAAUCUCAGGUGGUCGCGAGCUUUUGAAGAAGCGGGAUAGUGCCGAAAACUCUUCGCCUUUGGCGCGUGGCACGAAGGAUCUCUCACCGACUGGUUCGAUGAGUUUUAGAGGUCCAAGUAUCCUGCCGAGCGUUGCGCAAAAGAGGAAGCCUCAUGCCGACUCGAUGGACUUGACUUGCUUCCGCAAGACAAAAGAGAGGACAGGUUUCAAGCUGUCCGCGCCUAGUCAAUCAACGCGCACUGCUGGGAGAAUCCUUGACACACUGGAGAAAAGUCCUUUCAGGGACCUUGACGCGAGAAAAACCACCGAAGCGAGCAGGGUUUCUUCUGGAAAAAGAGUUACGGCGGCAGAAAAUGUGCUUUCUUCGACAGAUACAGUUCCAGAGAAUCCACCCCUUUACAAGACGAAGCGUGGUGGCUUGGCGCCGCUGACUGGAUUGUCAACUUCUUCGAGUUUCACAUUUCCUUCAACACGCUCUCGCUCUGGUCCAGAGCCGCCAACACCAAAGAUACCAUCGCCCCCCUCCGUCAUCACAAGGGAUCAGACCAAGACCAGAAGCGUUACGGUUUCAUUUGCCAAUGGGACAGCCUCCGAUAUCGACAAGUUCGCUGCACGGGUCGAGAAAGCUAGCUCUAUUCUCGAGGGGAACUUUGGUGGUGGUGGAGCUCCAUCGCUAACUUCUUCUCCCUCCGCGAGCGGUUUCGAGGCCGGCAGUUCUAGCAGAUUCUUAGCAGCACGAGGUGAUGACGAUGGGAAGAAGACGAUCUCGGUGGCUUUUGAUCCGGCAAAAGAAAAGGAACACUCCCUGUUCGAAGCGAAGUCGGAGAAGUUCUUGGUAGGAGCUCAAUCACCCGCUCCUCCAGAUAGCAAUCCUCCUAAUUCAUCUAAUGGCGGCUUCUCAGUUGUUGCUGGACCGGAGAAGAUAUCAAAGAGAAAAAAGUCCGCAAAACGAAUGAGGUGAGGAAAUGAUCACUUGAUUGACCAGAGUGAGAAAAGAUUCCUGGCUAACAGCAACAGUGGGGCUUUGUAUGAUAAGUUCAAGGUUUUGGUGACUUGCUACCGAAUAAGUGGCACGGGUGAUGGUGACUUCGCUUCUGUGGGUAUAAUACAAGCUCUUACCAAUCAAACUUGCUGAAAAA